UGCUCAAUUUUUCAAUUUGUUUGUGCAAAAUUUUAUGGCAAUAAAAGUCAUUUAAAACCAAUUGACCGACACAAACUAUAAUCUGUUACACUUAUAAAACUAGUUUGAGAGCAAAUUAAAAUGAGCGCAAAAGAAAAAUAUUUCCUAAAAAUACCGAAGCUGACUCGCCAAAACUAUCACUAUAUAACUAAGAUAUUCGCAAAGACAAUCACAUUUUGAAGAUUAGUAUCGGCCUAUAAAUAGUCUGUUGAGAAGCAGUACAAAAUUUAGCCCUGACUUUAGCCAAAUACCACCGCCGAUGGUCGAGUUCCUAAAGUGACGCAAUUUUCCAAAAAAUGUUAGAGGCAUCUUUAUUAAUUUCUCAGUAACAGUAGAAUUUGCCUCCCCCCCAAAAAAAAUAAAAUCCUGGCUACGUCCCUGGCUCUAUGUUAUUAUGAAUAUGGAGUUGUUUUAAAAAAUUUUGUUAGAGGGCCAAUUAAAGUCGUCCAAUAUAUAAUAUAUAUAAUAACACUAAUACCCUGGUUUGCGUCGCUUCGAUUUGCGUCGUUCUAAAAUUUUCUUUGACUUCGAAGUUGCGUCGUGUUUGUUUCGAUUUGCGUCGUUAAUAUGAAACUGUUUUUCGGGUGCAAAACAUAAACAGAAAAGGGGGAACUCCCAUUUUAAGAUUGCUAUUUGAUUGUCUAACAUUUUCUGACUACGAAAUAGCGUCGUUUUUGUUUCAAUUGGCGUCGUUAAUGUCAAAGUGAUUUUCGGGAAAAAAACAUAAACAGAAAAGGGGGAUUUCCAUUUUAGUCUUGUUUAUGUGAAUGCAGUGUGCUAGUUUUUAGUUAAAGAGUCCCAAAUUAAAUUUGCCGACGAGAAGUUUAAAAACACAAUUGUAAUGAGUCAGAAAAGAGAGCAAAUAUUAUUAGAGCAAAAAAUGGAUAUUUUAAAACGUUACAAACCGGGGGAAAAAGCUGUUGAGAUUGGAAGAAGCCUUGGACUUCCCUCAACUACAGUGAGAUCAAUCUGUACCAGGGACGCUGAUAAAAUUAAAAAAUUUGCUGAAUGUGCCUCACUAUUGCAACAUAAACAAGUCAUAAAAAUGAGAAGUUCUUUAAUGGAAAAAAUGGAGUCUCUUCUUAGCGUUUGGAUAGAAGAUCAAAACCAGCGGAGAAUGCCAUUAAGCCAAAUGGUAAUUCAGAAGAAAGCUUUGUCGUUAUUCAACGACCUUAAAGAAAAUUAUCCACUAUCAAGUGCGGAGAUUUUUGAAGAGUUUGAAGCGAGCAGAGGUUGGUUUGAUCCUUUCAAAAACCGUGCAAAUUUGCAUAACAUUGCAUUAAAAGGCGAAGUUGCUAGUGCAGAUAAUGCAGCUGCAGACAAGUUCAAACUUGAAUUAAAAGCCAUCAUUGAAGAAGGUUAUUCAGCAAAACAAGUUUUUAACGCAAAAUCUUCCCCUGGAUAUAAAGUUAGUAAAGACAGACUUACACUUCUCUUAGGAGGAAAUGCAGCGGAUAUGGAAGAAAUUAAUGAUGUUCCGAGCAUUUGUAAAGAACAGCAAGAAAUGCUAAUUUUGAAGGUAUGGAAGAAGAAGACAUAA